GCAGGCACCCGGCACGCGCCCGCCCCGCCGCCACGAUGCCCAAGAGGAAGGUCAGCUCCGCCGAGGGGGCGUCGAAGGAGGAGCCCAAGAGGAGGUCGGCGAGGUUGUCAGCUAAACCUGCUCCUGCAAAAGUGGAAACGAAGCCAAAAAAGGCGGCAGGAAAGGAUAAAUCUUCAGACAAAAAAGUGCAAACAAAGGGGAAAAGGGGAGCAAGGGGAAAACAGGCUGAAGUGGCUAACCAAGAAACGAAAGACUUACCUGCAGAAAACGGAGAAACUAAAAAUGAGAGUCCAGCCUCCGAUGAAGCAGGAGAGAAAGAAGCCAAGUCUGAUUAAUACCAUAAACCAUGUCUUAUCAGUGGUCCCUGUUGCCCUUCUUGUACAAUCCAGAGGAAUAUUUUUAUCAACUAUUUUGUAAAUGCAAGUUUUUUAGUAGCUCUAGAAACAUUUUUAAGAAGGAGGGAAUCCCACCUCAUCCCAUUUUUUAAGUGUAAAUGCUUUUUUUUAAGAGGUGAAAUCAUUUGCUGGUUGUUUAUUUUUUGGUACAACCAGGAAAUAGUGGGAUAUUGAAUGUGGGAGGCUUUGAUUGUCUUGGGUGUCAGCUCAACAUUCCAUAGCUGGGGUAGUU